GUUUUGCAGCCCCUGCCGGCCAUGCUUCGCUUUCUGCUCCGAGCGGCCGGGCUGGUAGCGCUGCUUCCCGUGGGGCUUGGCGCAGCUGCCAAGCUGACCAAGAAGUCCCUUCACAACCACAUUCUAACCUACUGGAAACUCAUAUAGGACAGGAAGGUGCAGGGACUGUCAGUCGGUAAAGAUGAUCUCCUUCAAGCAACUGCCGCUUGAAGCAAAGGCUGCAGUGGCUGCUGGAGUUGUCUUCUUCUCCAUGAUGAUAUCCCGGACCUUACUGGCAGAGCAACUUGCAUUUGGUACACAGAGGUGGCUGCGGAGAUUACAGAUGGCACUGUUUGUUAAUGUGCUGAUGCUCAUAGGUUCUCUUUACAUCUGGAGAUGUAUAGUGACCACAUUCUACAGGCUUUCAGCUGCUAACUCCUAUUGUUUCAUGCCAUGGAAAAUAGCUGUGUUAAUAUUUCUAGGUUUGGCACACUCUAGCUUUUUUACAUUGCUGUUUCUUGUUGCAGAAGAGCCCUAUUUCUUUUCCUUAGCUUCUUACACAUGUCUAGGAGCCUAUAUAAUCCUUAUUUUCUUUCUCUUCACUCUGGGCUCUGUAGAGCAAGUUUAUAAACUCUUAGUCAGCAGAGAUGCUAAGACAAGUGGUAUCAAUAAGAGUAGUAAAACUGUCAUGAAACCUGUUUUGGUUGUUAUGGUGACAGUUGCACUGACUGCCCUUGGGUUGUUGAAUGCCUCCCAGCCUCCUGCAGUGACCUCAGUGGUGAUUCCUGUUCACAAACUGCCUUUAUCCAUGGACGGCCUGAAGGUGGUGUUGCUAUCAGAUAUUCAUCUGGGACCCACUGUAGGGAAGACUAAACUUGCAAUGGUUGUGCAGAUGGUCAGAGCUUUAAAACCAGAUAUCACUGUGAUUGUAGGUGAUCUGUCAGAUUCUGAAGUGAUGGCCAUCCGACCUGCUGUCGAACCUCUUAGUGAGCUUAAUUCCCCAUUGGGAAAUUAUUUUGUCACUGGAAACCAUGAAUAUUAUACUUCUGAUGUCAACAACUGGUUUGAAUUACUGAAGUCCUUUAACAUUCAUCCACUCCACAAUGAGAAUGUGAAGAUCUCUUCUCCAAGGAGCAACAAUGAUUGGUUCUGUCUGGCUGGGGUUGAUGAUAUUGAGGCUCAGGUGUUGCGCUAUUCUGGGCAUGGCAUGGAUUUAAAAAAAGCCCUAGUCGACUGCAGUGCUGAUCAUGCCAUAGUACUUCUGGCUCAUCAGCCACUGGCUGCAAAAUGGGCUCUCCAAGAUCGGCCAGACAUAAAUUUGAUCCUUUCUGGCCACACUCAUGGUGGGCAAAUAUUCCCUCUGAAUGCUGGUGCCUAUUUGCUGAAUCCCUUCUUUGUUGGCUUGUAUAAAGUUGGGCAGAGCACUUUUGUAUAUGUCAGCCCAGGGACUAUGUAUUAUGGAAUUCCAAUGAGGCUGGGCAGCAGAGCUGAAAUAACAGAGAUCAUCCUGCGCUCUCCCUGAAUGGUCUGCCAACUUACAAAUUCUGUGUCUUCUAUCAGCCAGUAGAAGUGAUGGUUUGACUCACAAGCCCCCAAGCCAAGUCCAUCCCUGAUAUAACUCUGGGGAAGUCAGUGAAGUUAGAACAGUGAUGGACUUGGUUCUGUAAGUCUGCUGCUGCUUUUUGUUCAGAAAGCACUAUUUCUUCUGCCACAUAGGUAAGCUUAUCAAACACCCAUUGCAGAUAAGUGGAAAUGAUGAACUCAUCUGAUUGAUUUAUUAUUUGUGCUAUUGAUAUGUUGCAUUUUAACGAUAUCACCGUGAGAUCAGUGUUUGGUUUCAAGUGUGCUUACUGUGUAUAUUUAAUAUCUGUAAUCUGUCAUUAAUUCAUAUUCCAUUUUUCACUUGUUUGUUGGCAUCUGAUGGAGUGCCGCCUAACUCAUGAGGAUGUGCAGUUCACUCACUGAGAAGCGUGGUGAAACUAUGGAUGCAAAUUUUGCAAAGUACUCUACAAAGUCUUCUUUGAGGUCUAUCGAGUCAUCCUACUAUGGGAAGUGAAUGGGGUAUUUGCAUGUGAUAGCAGGAAUUCUGUUUAAUUUUUUUAUAGGGGGGCCUUUAUCUCAGUUGGGUACUGUGGGUGCUUCUGCAGAAUGACCAGUAAAGUAAGAUGCCCGUGCUGGGGUUGCCAAUUAUGGUUGGACAUAUUCUUGGAGGUUUUCUCACAUGACAUAAACUUUAAUUAAAGAUUAGUUUUUAAUUUCUGGAGACUCCAGGACAAUCCUGGAGGGUUGGCAACGUGCAGCCCUAUGCAUCUGUUUGUUUAAAAUCUACAUAAAAAUCAAAAUCAUAAGAAUUGGAGAGACUUUUAUAGUGGGGAAGGGUGGAAAUAGCUUCUUUGUUUUGCCUAAAUGUAACCAGUCAUCCAGUGAGUAUCUAAUAACGAUAUUAUAAAAGGACCACUGUUAACUUAAAACUCCCACUUCAGUGUGAGCAUUCAGCACUUUACUGUUGGUAUGAGCAACACUUACGCUAUGUCUACGCUAGCCCUUUUGUUGGUAAAACUUUUGUUGUCCGGGGGUGUAGAAAAAAAUACCCCCAACGAACAUAAGUUUCAUUGACAAGCGCUGGUGUGGACAGCGCUAUGGUGGCGGUAGGUGCUCUCCUGCAGACGUAGCUAGCACUGCUUGUUAGGGGUGGUUUAAUUAAGCUGAUGGGAGAGCUCUCUCCCGUCGGCACAGAGCGGCUACACAAGAGACCUUACAGUGGCACAGCUGCAGCAGUACAGCUGUGCGCUGUAAGGUCUCUAGUGUAGAUAUAGCCUUAAAAUCUACACUUGAAAAAAUUGGAGUGCAAAAACUUUUUUUCCCAGUUGUAUUAUUUGGGUCAGGUUAGUUGGUUGCUUUCCUCCUUUCUGUUUUGUGUAGGUUUUUGUUGUUUUUUUUUAACCCAGCAACUGGGAAGAGAGAGAAUUUUAAAAACAAAGCAGCUGUGACUCAAAGGAAAGGUAUUUAGAUUGUAAAUCAAUAUUUGCCCAUGACCAGAACUAGAUUAGAUAGCAAGUACAGCAGAACCUCCGAGUUAUGAAAACCUCAGGAGUUGUUCAAACUCUGAAAUGUUCUUAACUGUGAACAAAACAUUAUGGUGGUUCUUUCAAAAUUUUACAGCUGAACAUUAACUUAAAACAACUUUUAAUACUAUGCAGAAGAAGAAUGCUACUUUUAACAUGUUUUAUAUGAAACAAGCACAGAAACCGUUUCCUUACCUAGUCAAAUCUUUUUUUAAACUUUCCUUUUAUUUAUUUUUUUUAGUAGUUUACAUUUAACACAGUACGUAUGGUAUUUGCUUUUUAUGUCUGGUCUCUGCUGCUGCCUGCUUGUGUACUUCCGGUUCCAAAAUGAGGUGUGUGAUUGACUGGCCAGUUCAUAACUUUGGUGUUUAUAACUCUGAGGUUCUACUGUAACUUCUGUUUGUGUAUAGAAUUCCUAGUGCCCUGACCUCUAAUUGUUCUGCUUUGAAAAAAGAUGGCUGCCUUUUUGUGCAUCUCUUUAAAGAGCACUGUCUAGCGUUCGAAUCCGUGCUUCAGUCUGGUGUGUUUCUUAGUGCAAUUUAAUAUAGCUAAAUUAAUAAUUGUUUGGUUUUUAAUAUAAAUAAAACCAGGUUUUUUUGGUUCUCCCACAUUGUUCUAGGACAUAAGAAUCAAAAAUUGAAGUGGAAUUAAUUUGUACUUACUGUCCAAGCUGACUGAAGUGCAAAAAUAAGACUUUUUUUCACUCUUUCCCUAGGUGUACUAAUCUGAGAUGCUAUUAGUAAUUAUAGCCAAGGGAUUUUUAAUGGCUUAAUCUGACGGUGUCCCUUUAACUCUCUAACCGCAUACAGGAUUCUCUCUCCUCAUAUAAGCACUGUCUAGAUGUUUCUCUACUCUGUUCCCACCCACCAAAACUGUGCACCCUCUCGUUCUUGACAGUUGGCUCUGGGCAGAUCAACAUCUUUAUUAAAUCUUCCUGUGCCUCUGUCUAACUCAGAUGGCCUCCGUUAUUGGAGUAUCUGAAACACCUCACAAUCUUCCUCACAUCAACCCUGUGAGAGUAGAGAAGUUCUAGCAGAUGAGGAACAGAGACAGAGGAAACUUGUGGCAGAGAUGGGGAAUUGAAUCCAAGUCCCGAGCUAACCCCCUAACCACUGAACCACUUCUCCCCAGUUUCCCAGUGUCUAAAACAGUGAUAAUACACUGCACCUUCACAAAAUGCUUUGUAUUUAUGGAGUAGCUGUCAUCUGAGGAUCCCAAAACGUAACUUGACCCCUAUAGAUAUCAUUCAAUUUUUGUGUGUAUGCCUUAUGUUUCUCUGACUGCUCUUUCCCUGGCUGACUUAGUGUAGCUGGUACCUGACCAGCAUGAAUUGUGUAGAUAGCCCCCAGUGAUGGGUCAGUGAAAGCCCUGAGUUAAAAUCCAUGUCUCCCACUCGGUAGUGCAAAGCAUUCUCUCUUGGCCGCGUUUUUUCUAAUCAUUAAAUUAUUUAUGAGGAUUGUUGCUAUUGUUAUACCAAUAUAAUAAAAAACAACAGGAUCUUAUUAAGAGGGAUGAGGCAAA